ACAUCAGAGAGCAAUGGUGCACCAAUCAGGUUUCUCCUGCCGGAGAUCUAAUGGGCAGAAGCUGAAGAAUCCUGUCUCGCUUGCUUAACCUGUUACUAAAGGAAGAGAGAGAAAGACAAGGAGGGCUCAGACAGUCAGAGACAGUAAACCAGAAAGAGAGAGAAGGUGAACUUAAAGAUGCCGGUCUAAGUGACAUGGACGCUGUCAAAUCCAGCCAUCCAUCAAAAGGACCGGAUCUGGUUGACAUAAUGGCCCCGGAGGAAACUGCCUCUGGUGACAAAAGUGAGAGACAGCGAGAGGAAGAGAAAGACACCGACACUGACACCCCUGAUGGAGUUCUUGCAGUAAAAUCACCCAGCCAUAAGAUGGCGACAGAGAAACACAGAUACCACACCAUAGGUCAUCAACAGCUUGCAUACUUAAACAAACCAAAGAAAAGCAGAGGAAUUGACUUUUCAACAGUGAGGGGAACAUCUAGCACUGUCAAGUCCAGAGGUGCGUUAAUGCAGGUGUUUUCCAGUCAGGGAGCGUCUGACAAAAGUGUCGCACAGGAGGAUCGAACAGUUGGUGCACAGGGCCAGGUGGAAGCACUGAAGUCUGCUCUGGAAUCCUUUACCAUACCUGCUGACCUAAGGUGGACAUGGGGAGAGGGAGAAAAACAAUUGAACCAGAGCUGGACAGACAUAGUGCACUCACAUGCGUCUAUGACAAAAACCCAGCGACACCAGCAGGAGGCGCUGUGGGAACUGUUUAAUACUGAGCUCACCUACAUCAACAAGCUCACUAUUGCCCAAGACCUCGUGCUGGCAGCGCUAUCACACUGUCACGGAUGUGGAUUUCUUCAAUACGUCACCCCCACCAUGAUUUUUUCCAAUCUUCCAUCUAUCCUUGAUGCACAUAGACUUUUUUGGCACGAGGUGUUGUAUCCAAUUUUACAGGAGGCCCGUCGCACGGGGCGACCUUUUGAUCCCCUAAAACUUCAGCCAGGAUUUUUACAGUUUUUUGAGCGUUUUCCUGCAUACUUUGAAUACUGCUGGGAAGGGAAAAGAAAUGUGGAGUUUACACGGAGACAGAUUGAGACAAAUCCUCAGUUUCACGCCUACAAUUCGUGGGUGGAGAGUCACCCACAGUGUGGGCGCAUGAGACUGGGUGACAUGCAAGCCAAACCUCACCAGAGAGUAACCAAGUACCCCCUUCUACUGAAAGCUAUUUUGAAGAACACUGAAGAUCUUCCCACCCAAAAUGCACUUCAAAGAAUGUUGAACAGCGUCAAUCAUUUUCUGGCAUCAGUCAAUGGCUACCUUCAAUUUAAAAUCGAUGAACUGGCCCUUUCUGCGACUGCUCAAAGAAUAGAGGGAUACAAGAUAGAAGGACUGAGUGAGGAAAUAGACAAGCACGUUCGAGAGGUCAGCUGCUUCGAUUUGACGAGCCCGAUGAGGGGGGUGGAGCCAAAUAUCAUACGGAAGCAAUUAUUGGAAGAAACUUUAAAGGUCGUAGAAAGGAAGGACAAUAAGGAGCUUGUGGUCCUGCUCUUCACCGAUGUGUUACUGAUGACCAAAACUCAGAAGAAAUCAGAUAAGCUGAAGGUUGUGCGGCGGCCUCUGCCUCUGGAGAGAAUACACUGCAGUGAGCUCAGAGAUGGCUGUUCAUUUGUGUUGGUGGAGGUUGGAGAUCUUGGCUGUGCUGUCAGUGUUUGCUGUCUAUCAACACCCAGUCCAGACAGCUGCUCGUCAUGGGUGUCUGCUCUGCGAGAUGCUCAGACAAACUUGGACUACCUAAGAAAAAAUGAGGCAAACAAAACACUAAAGACCACAGAUGACACAGAGUUGAAUGGAUCAGAGAUACCUCCCACUCAAAACGAACUGACCAAUCAAGUCAAAGAGGACUCUAACGACCAAUCAGAAUCAGACAACGAUUCCUCGCCAUUUAUCGAGACCUAUCUGAAGGAAAUUGACAGGAUCUCUAUAAAUGGGACGCAAACAGAAAACGAAGUGGAGCAAAGAGCUCACGAAGAGCUUGCGGAGAAGGAAGAAAGAAACAGAAAGACCGGUAAACAAUGUGAAGAAGGGGAGCUCUCUUUAACAAAAUUUACAGAGAGGCGAGUAACAUGGAAUCAUGCGCCACAAACUUUGUUGCCAGAUAAACCUGUAAUAAAAAACGGCAUUCUUGGCCAGUUAACACCAAGAACUGAUUUAUCAAAUGAUCCUCUCAUAAAUAAACCUGCACAGCUAGACCCAAAUAAUGGAUCUCAAGAAAACAGAAGAGACACUUUGUACAGCCAAUCAAGUGAGGAUGACAAGUUUCGCCAAGACACCGGGAAGUUCGUCAGAAAUGUGUGGUCUCCACGUUUGCGUAGAUACCGCCCAGGCAAUUUGCAACCCCUUGUCCCAAAUGAUAGCCUCGGAAAAGAUUCAGAUGCAAAAGAACCAUUAGAAAUCACACAAAAUAAUGGCAACCAGAGAAAAGCAUCCAACGCUUCCAUCAAACCCCAAGAGACCCACCGAGUCCUCAAGCUGGGCUCUAUAAAAAACAACAAUGGGGUUUUCUGGAAUGACACGUUAGAAAAUUCAUCACCAGAUCCACAGACGAUAUCUAAGCCUGACUAUGAAACUAAACCCAAACUAAAGGCACAGAGGAGCGCCUCCGUCGCAGAGAUCAGCUUCUCGCAUACAUCUUCCAACCCCUCGCCACCACCCAGUCUGGACUCUCUGGUUUCACCUUCUCCCCUCCAGGACCUUCUGCAAAGGGCAAAGCAGCGGGAAAAGGAACGUGGACUGGGAAAACGAGAGACAAAAGCAAAAGUGAGGAAUUAUUCUUUUCAAUAUUCGCCAGCUUUCUCAGUCUCUCCAUCACUAUUAGCCAGUAAAGGAAACAAUGAGACUGAGCAAGACCAAUCUAUGGUACACAGUACCAGUUCCGGACAAAAACUGACACCGGAUGAGACAAAAAAGAGCAACAAUAUCCUGGAGGACACUAAAGUGAAAUGGCCAGGCUGGUGUUUCGACGAUGAGGAGGUUUUUGACUUUCAGGACUUUAAUGAUGAAGACUGGUUGGAUCAGACAAUGACCUCACAAGAGCUCCGGAGAGCAGGAGCCAAACCAUCAGGGAAACAUGAGGAUGUCGAAUGCAGUGAGGUGUAGUUAUAUAAAGUGUAUAGGUAGUGUCUUGUUUGUAAAUGUGAGUUGUUUAUAAAUUAGUGUAUAAAAUUUUUGGAGUAAUGUAUAUUGUGAUUUUUUUAUGUCAGAGUGGUACUGUAUUUACAGCUUUUACAGUACACUCUUUUGUUAUAUAAGUUUAAUUGUGUCUAUAGUUAAAAUAAUGUUUGCUUAAAUGUAUUUAUGUACUGUACAGCAUGUUUUUUCUAUAUAUUUCUAUAUUGAAAACGUAUAGUAAUUUCAAAAGAAGUUAUGUAUAAUUUGUA